UCUUCUUUUAUUUGACUUUAGGUUAACCAGUGACUUUUAGUUAUACCUUCCCGCUAGUCCUUCCUACCUUCUCCAUAUAAAGAUGCACCCUUUUGCAGAUUGUUUUACUUUUGGACCUGUGAGCCACCAUGGAGUUUUCUGUUCUCUGGCGUUUAUCUGCAGUGCUGCUGUUAUGUCCUCUCUAUAUGGGUAAGUGCCUUGACAUGGCUCUUACAUUCAAACUGCUGUUGUUGGCUUUUCUUACCUUUUUUGAAACAUUUUCCCAUAUGCUCCUGUAUUCUGGAUAAUAUAACACUGGGUGGAAAAUAAAAUUCAUGUAUUCAACAUAAAAAAAAAAAAAUACAUUAUUGGAUAUAUUUAACUACACGUGUUGUAUUUCAUAGAAUUCACCGUCAAUACUUUUUGACUGGGUGUUCAUCAAAGUGAGACUUUACGUUUGGGGUGAUCAUAUAAUAUUGUUGAAUAUCAUAAUGAUCAACCUAAAUUAUUAUUAGGGUCUUAAAAUUCACUUGUGUACCUAUACACACGUUCAGCUUUGACUCCAUCCAUUAGGGUUCUGUACACUAUUAAGAAUUCUGGUUUGGUAAAACUCGGAUGUGUUCUGGUAAUCUAGACAGAUUCCCAACAUGGCCCAGGCCGUUCAUACAGGCACAAACGUGUGUAAAAUAGAUGGACCUUUUCCCACACUGACCCCACAGGUGUAGGUGUUCUGUGUGAAGUCACCUGUAGUGAGGAGGGAAUGGGAAUGGAAGGAGGUCAUUACACUCUCACUAAGCAGCUCGAGUAUGGCAGCAUUCUGAUAUACCACUGUCCAGACGGGUACUAUCCAUUUCCUGCUUUAACUCGCUCGUGCCUGAAAAGCGGAACUUGGAAGCCAGCUCCACGAAGAAGACCUAUUCAACAGUGCAGAAGUAAGUGAUGAUUCCUGAUAUCUUUGAUGAAGACAGUAUUUGACAUAAGAGAAAUGCUACUGAAAUAGGGCUUUCUCCAUCCAUCUUGUUUUCUUCUUCUUUAGUGGUCGAAUGCCCCAACCCCUUGGGUUUAGAAAGUGGUUCUGUCUUGCCUGUACAAAGUCAAUAUUUUGUCAACAAUAAGACCACGUAUGAGUGUUAUUCGGGAUACUCACUACGCGGCUCAGCCUCCCGUGUGUGCCAAUCCCAUGGGAAGUGGAGUGGGGGCACACCCAUAUGCAGCCGUGACUGUGAGUAGCAAACUAUAAUCUGCCUCUGUCUUCCUCCUCAGGACCCUCUUUGGUCGUAAUGACACAUUAUAAAUGACGUUCAGUGCCACAGCCUCUACAAAACCUCCCUAUGUAGCAUGCUAUACCCUCCCUGCCUCUCACACCCUCCCUCUCCAUUUCUCUCGGACUUUCUCCCACCAUUCUCUUACAGCAGGAGGUGAAGAUCGCUGUGCUGACCCUGGGAUUCCAGCUGGUGCUAGGAGGUCUGGUUCCAGUUUUGGCAUAGAUGACGAAUUGACAUACCGCUGUGACGAUGGCUUAAAUUUGUUGGGGUCAAAGACGCGCGUAUGUCAAGAGAGUGGCCAAUGGACUGGGACUGAGCCUAGUUGUUACUGUAAGGCCCCAGAAAGACACCCAAAACAAUAACAGUUUUCCAAGAAACACAACACAGUCACGACUAGUUCAUUGCUCAAAGAUGCCAAAAGAUUUACCCUGUGGUUGUCUGGUAUCUUUUGUUCUUGUUGCAGACAAACACACGUAUGACACUGCACUGGAGAUCACGGAGGCCUUCGGCAGUGCUAUCAGAGAGAGCCUUCAGCUGGCAGCGCCCAUUGGUAGGUCUGCAUAACAACCAAUAUGUCAUCAAUUGUUUAUCUGUUGAAGUCUAUUCUGUUGUCAUCACCACCAUAACAUUAUCAUCAUACAGUGCAUUCGGAAAUAUUCUGCCUUAUUCUAAAAUGGAUUCCAUUUGGUUUUCCUCUCAUCAAUCUACACACUACCCCAUAAUGACAAAGCAAAAACAGGUUUUUAGACAUUUUUGCAAAUGUAUUACAAAUAAGAAAUGGAAAUAUCACAUUUACAUAAGUAUUCAAACCGUUUACUCAGUAUUUUGUUGAAGCACCUUUGGCAGCGAUUUCAGCCUUGAGUCUUCUUGGGUAUGACGCUACAAGCUUGGCACACCUGUAUUUGGGGAGUUUCUCCCAUUCUUCUCUGAAGAUCCUCUCAAGCUCUGUCAGGUUGAAUGGGGAGCGUUGCUGCACAGCCACUUCUGCAUUGUCUUGGCUGUGUGCUUAGGGUCGUUGUCCUGUUGGAAGGUGAACCUUCGCCCCUGUCGGAGGUCCUGAGCAGGUUUUCAUCAAGGAUCUCUCUGUACUUUGCUCUGUUAAUCUUUCACUCGAUCCUGACUAGUCUCUCAGUUCCUGCUGCUGAAAAACAUCCCCACGGCAUGAUGCUGCCACCACCAUGCUUCACCGUAGGGAUGGUGCCAGGUUUCCUCCAGACGUGACUCUUGGCAUUCAGGCCAAAGAGUUCAAUCUUGGUUUCAUCAGACCAGAGAAUCUUGUUUCUUAUGGUCUGAUAGUCCUUUAGGUGCCUUUUUGCAAACUCCAAGCGGGCUGUCAUGUGCCUUUUACUGAGGAGUGGCUUCCGUCUGGCCACUCUACCAUAAAGGCCUGAUUUGGUGGAGUGCUGCAGAGAUGGUUGUCCUUCUGGAAGGUUCUCCCAUCUCCACAGAGGAACUCUGGAGCUCUGUCAGAGUGACUAUUGGGUUCUUGGUCACCUCCCUGAUCAAUUAUCUUCUCCCCCGAUUGCUCAGUUUGGCCGGGCGGCCAGCUCUAGGUAGAGUCUUGGUGGUACCAAACUUCUUCCAUUUAAGAAUGAUGGAGGCCACUGUGAUCUUGGGAACCUUCAAUGCUGCAGACAUUUUUUGGUACCCUUCCCCAGAUCUGUGCUUCAACACAAUCCUGUCUCGAAGCUCAACGGACAAUUCCUUCGACCUAAUGGCUUAGUUUUUGCUCUGACAUGCACUGUCAACUGUGGGACCUUAUAUAGACAGGUGUGUGCCUUUCCAAAUCAUGUCCAACCAAUAGAAUUUACCACAGGUGGACUCCUAUCAAGUUGUAGAAACAUCUCAAGGAUGAUCAAUGGAAACAGGAUGCACCGGAGUUCAAUUUUAAGUCUCAUAGCAAAGGGUCUGAGUACUUACAGUGGGGGAAAAAAGUAUUUAGUCAGCCACCAAUUGUGCAAGUUCUCCCACUUAAAAAUAUGAGAGAGGCCUGUAAUUUUCAUCAUAGGUACACGUCAACUGUGACAGACAAAAUGAGAAAGAAAAAUCCAGAAAAUCACAUUGUAGGAUUUUUUAUGAAUUUAUUUGCAAAUUAUGGUGGAAAAUAAGUAUUUGGUCACCUACAAACAAGCAAGAUUUCUGGCUCUCACAGACCUGUAACAACUUCUUUAAGAGGCUCCUCUGUCCUCCACUCGUUACCUGUAUUAAUGGCACCGGUUUGAACUUGUUAUCAGUAUAAAAGACACCUGUCCACAACCUCAAACAGUCACACUCCAAACUCCACUAUGGCCAAGACCAAAGAGCUGUCAAAGGACACCAGAAACACAAUUGUAGACCUGCACCAGGCUAGGAAGACUGAAUCUGCAAUAGGUAAGCAGCUUGGUUUGAAGAAAUCAACUGUGGGAGCAAUUAUUAGGAAAUGGAAGACAUACAAGACCACUGAUAAUCUCCCUCGAUCUGGGGCUCCACGCAAGAUCUCACCCCGUGGGGUCAAAAUGAUCACAAGAACGGUGAGCAAAAAUCCCAGAACCACACGGGGGGACCUAGUGAAUGACCUGCAGAGAGCUGGGACCAAAGUAACAAAGCCUACCAUCAGUAACACACUACGCCGCCAGGGACUCAAAUCCUGCAGUGCCAGACGUGUCCCCCUGCUUAAGCCAGUACAUGUCCAGGCCCGUCUGAAGUUUGCUAGAGUGCAUUUGGAUGAUCCAGAAGAGGAUUGGGAGAAUGUCAUAUGGUCAGAUGAAACCAAAAUAUAACUUUUUGGUAAAAACUCAACUCGUCGUGUUUGGAGGACAAAGAAUGCUGAGUUGCAUCCAAAGAACACCAUACCUACUGUGAAGCAUGGGGGUGGAAACAUCAUGCUUUUGGGCUGUUUUUCUGCAAAGGGACCAGGAUGACUGAUUGAAGGAAAGAAUGAAUGGGGCCAUGUAUAAUGAGAUUUUGAGUGAAAACCUCCUUCCAUCAGCAAGGGCAUUGAAGAUGAAACGUGGCUGGGUCUUUCAGCAUGACAAUGAUCCCAAACACACCGCCCGGGCAACGAAGGAGUGGCUUCGUAAGAAGCAUUUCAAGGUCCUGGAGUGGCCUAGCCAGUCUCCAGAUCUCAACCCCAUAGAAAAUCUUUGGAGGGAGUUGAAAGUCCGUGUUGCCCAGCGACAGCCCCAAAACAUCACUGCUCUAGAGGAGAUCUGCAUGGAGGAAUGGGCCAAAAUACCAGCAACAGUGUGUGAAAACCUUGUGAAGACUUACAGAAAACGUUUGACCUGUGUCAUUGCCAACAAAGUAUUGAGAAACUUUUGUUAUUGACCAAAUACUUAUUUUCCACCAUAAUUUGCAAAUAAAUUCAUUAAACAUCCUACAAUGUGAUUUUCUGGAAUUUUUUUCCUCAUUUUGUCUGUCAUAGUUGACGUGUACCUAUGAUGAAAAUUACAGGCCUCUCUCAUCUUUUUAAGUGGGAGAACUUGCACAAUUGGUGGCUGACUAAAUACUUUUUUCCCCCACUGUAUAAGGUAUCUGUUUUUUAUUUUUUAUACAUUUGCAAACAUUUCUAAAAACCUGUUUUUGCUUUGUUAUUAUGGGGUAUUGUGUGUAGAUUGAUUAUUUUAUUUUAUCUAUUUUAAAAUAAGGCUGUAAUGUGGAAAAGGGGAAGGCGUCUGAAUACUUUCCGAAUGCACUGUAUUUGCCAAACCUUUCACAUAUCCUCAAGCACACGUUAUUUUCCACCUGUGAUUGUCAAAGUAAGAUAUCCUACUGGUGCCUUUCAGAUGACACAGAUCAGGAAGGAAAGAAGAUCACAAUAGAUAAAGCUGGAAAGCUUAACAUAUACAUUGCUAUGGACAUCUCUGACAGCAUUGAGGAGAAAGAGUUUGACAAAGCAAGAAAUGCAGUCAAGAAACUUAUCACAAAGGUAUGUCACAGGCACUCACAAAGUAUGCUAUGUAGCUCAUAGAAAUGACUGACAAUAUGGAAUCAGUUAUUGGUUCACCACAGUAUUCCUCUCAUAUUCUUUGACCCAUCAUUAAACGUUAUCCUGUUUUGCAUCUUCUCCUUUAACAGGUUAGCUCCUUUUCAGUCAGCCCAAAUUAUGAAAUCCUUUUCUUCGCUUCUGAUGUAUUAGAGGUUGUCAACAUAAUAGAUUUUUCUGGAGAAAAUAGAAAACCACUUGAGGAAGUCUUGGCUAACUUGGACAACUUUAAAUAUGAUGGUGAGCAACAAAUGUACCAUACAUGUACUUACAUCAUCAAACAAUACACUUAUCCAAUGGCUGGGUCAAAUGUAAUGUGACAAACAGUGUGCAUGUGCACUUUUUCACAGCUAGAGAUAAUGUUGGGACCAAUCUCAACCUUGCCUUUAGAACCAUCCUGGAACGCAUGGCUAUCCAAAAACAACGAAAUGAAACGUUAUUCAAGGAGGUCUACCAUGUCCUCAUCUUUUUCACAGAUGGUACUGUAUUAUUCAUGUAUAUUUGUAUUGGAAAGUAUUUGAAUGUAUUGCAGUUUGCAGCUUAUUUUUUAAAAGCUUUUGUUCACCUUUGGUCAGCUCAGUAAUAAUCCCUUGAAUCUCUUUACUUGCAGGUGCUUACAACAUGGGGGGUAGCCCUGAAAACACAGUUGCCAAAAUUAGGGAAGCAGUGCACAUGAAUAAAAAGGAAGAACGGGAUAAAUAUCUUGGUGAGGUCAAAAGUUUUGUGUUGUCUUGACAUUUAACAAGAACUUGACAUUCUACUCUCAGCUAUUCUCACUCUUUUGUAGCCCCUUGGAUUAAUUUACUCCAAAAUGUCUCUACACCCGAUGGCAAAAUGUAUCGAAUUGCACGAAAUUAACUCUAUAGCUUAAAAAAUAUUAUCCGCUGUCAAGGGGGGCCACUAAAAUGUUUUGCUCGCAAAGUUGGGGGGGGGGGGGGGGGGGGGGGGGGGUACCCCCAUCAAAGUUGCCCAUCCCUGCUGUACAUGGUGGCUUUCUAACUAGAAAGACCGAGCAAGGCCUACAACAAGCAGUUUUCUCAGGAAUAAUGAUCAUUUCUGAACAAUGAUUUGUGGCACUCAGCACUGUACAAUAUUCCAAAUUCAAGUUAUCGUCUCAAGUAUGUUAACGUUCUUGAUUUCUUCUCAUGCCUAAUGAUUUUUGGCACUUCCUCUUGUUUCUUUGUAGAUAUCUAUGUUUUUGGUGUCGGAAGUGAAAUUUUUGAUGAAGAUAUCAUGCCACUAGUGACAAAAAGGGACGGCGAGAAGCAUUACUUUAAAGUAAAGGAUGCUAAAGAAUUGGAAAAAACCUUUGAUGAUAUAAUUGGUAAGAGUCCUAAUUUAAACAACAAUAUAAACUGGGUGGUUCGAGCCCUGAAUGCUGAUUGGCUGACAGCUGUGGUAUAUCAGACCAUACACCAAGGGUAUGACAAAACAUUUAUUUAUACUGCUCUAAUGAUGUUGGUAACCAGUUUAUAAUAGCAAUAAGGCACCUCGGGGGUUUGUGAUAUAUGGCCAAUAUACCACUGCGUCGUGCGUAAGAACAGCCCUUAGCCGUGGUAUAUUGGCCAUAUACCACACCCCCUCGGGCCUUAUUGCUUAAACAUAAAAGAAUGUGUAGAUUUCUAUGUGUCUCUGCAUGGAUAUUAUUCUCUAUUUUAGUUUCUUUGUUGUAUCAGUGUGUUGAGUUCUCUCCUCCACAUAGAUGAAAGCAAGGUUGUGGGUUUAUGCGGACUCCAUAGAAACUAUGAUGACGGUACCGCAAACAGCAUACGUCAAAGAUACCCCUGGAUGGCACGGAUUGAAAACACAGUAAUUACUCAUGCCUCAUGUUCACGCUUGAUUAUUUCAUCAGUGACCCAGUGGCUUUUCUUCAUGUUCAGAUUUGAUUUAUGUGCACUGUCAUUGCCAACACAUUGCAGUUAUACUAACUUAUAAUUGAUUGGAUUUCGUUUAAAUUACAAUAUUUAAGUUAGAAUUGUAUUUGAUAGCUAACGCUAUACAGCAGACCUCGCCUGUCAUUUAAGGCCUGAAUUCAAUCAUCACUCAGUGUGUUUCUGCAAUGCAAUGUUUCAGGUUGUUUGUGCUAUGGGAGUGAUAAAUGGCUGAAACACACCUCCCAUACUCUGUUGUCUCAUCCCAGUGCACAAAAAAAUUUGAAAUCUUGUUGACAUUUAAAUUAGAUAUUGAUGCAAAUCCCUGCCUGUUGUUAUUUACAGUAUUUAUGUUCAACCUCUCUCUCCUGAUACCAUAGCAUGAGGAUGGAAUAAUUAGUAAAUGCAUGGGGUCUCUGGUCUCUCGCCGCUUCAUCUUGACUGCUGCUCACUGCUUCAAGUUCGCAGACAAACCAGAUAAAAUCCGUGUUACGAUUGGAAAACUUCAAGGUAUAACCAGCCCCCCCUUUCAAAAACAUUUGCACUUACACCUAUUUUGUUUUUUUCUAAUCUUUUUUUUUUCAAGUGAUUAUCAUCAUUACGAGAAAAUCUGUCAGGAUGCCACAUUUACUUGAACAAGGCAACUGGUGAUAUUGUAAGCAAUAGGUUUGGUCACUUACACUCUGGUCUUGCCCCUUAACAGUUGUAAAUGGAGCAUCACGUAUAAUAUUACAUCCUGAUUAUAAUAUCAGAGGUAAAGAGAAAGACGGGAUUAAGGAGUUCUAUGAUUACGACGUAGCUCUCAUCCAACUGGAGAAGGACGUAGAUAUCUCUAUCAACAUAAGGUUAGACUUAUGACAUUAUGAUGCGAAGGUAACCAUGCGAAGGUAACCAUGUGAAGGUAACCAGAUUGAAUACAAUGACACAGACAUUUUAGAUCUUAAUGUAAAUAAUCCAGGUCUUUGGAGUAACGUGUGAAGAACGUUGUUUUCUUUACGCAUUCUUGCUUUACUGUGUUCCUCAGACCAAUUUGCAUCCCUUGCACCAAGGAAACAAGUGGCGCUUUAAGACUGGUAGGAGAGGCUACCACCUGCAAGCAACAAGGUGCAGUUACCGCACACACAGCCUAUUCAUCAAGAUACACAGCCUGAAUAUAGCAAGGUUAAUCUAGGUACUGUAUGUUGCCUUGCCUCAUAUAUUGUUCUCCUUGCAGAACAGCUAUUGUUAAAAAAUCCAAUUGAAGAAGUCAGUUUCAUUUCAUUUGAUAAGAAGGAUCAAAUGGAUCAGCGCAGCGAUGCCAAACUUAAGCUUGAGGUUCAGGUGAGUGCUUGCAUGAUGUCUGACCACACACACCAAUGGAUGAUGCCCGUAUGUGCGCCUCUCAUUUAUUUUUCUCUUCAGCUGAGGGACAGUUGUAUCAGAUUGGCUGCUACUCAGGUAGAUGGCAUAACACCACUUAAUCUAAAGGAUGUUGUGACUGACAACUUCCUGUGCACGGGUGGGCGUCAACCUACUAGAGAUAAUAUUGCCUGCAAAGGUAUGUUAACAGUUAAUUGAACAUUAGAUGAUGCACUCACUGUUUGUUUAUAUGUAAUGAGAACCUUAUGUUUUGAAUUAGUAUUAUUGUAAUAUAAUUAUUGUAACUUGUUAAAAAUGAAAACAGUUCUCUAUUACUUUGUCUUACCUCUUCAUUUGUGUGUGUACGUGUGUGUGUGUACGUGCGUGUGUGUGUGUGUAUGUGUGCGCAGGUGACUCCGGUGGAGCUGUGUUUAAGGACUAUGAUGAUUACCGCACCAUUCAGGUUAGAGACAUUCGGGCAUAUCUACACUACAUACAGCAGAGCAACAAAGAUCCUAGCUAAGUGGCAACUUUCUAUGUACCUCAUACUUCUUGCUCUUUCCUUUUUUCUACAAUGAUUAUUCCAUAUUUAUUUCAGUAAAAUGUAUUUGCAAACCUCUGGGGUCUUCGUGAUCUACAGUUAAUUAGUAGCGUACUGACACCUCUUCCAUUCUUCAUAGGUUGGAGUGAUCAGCUGGGGAACCAAAGACCUGUGCCCUGGUGGUAGCAGUGAUGUCCAACAGGAGUCUGACGAUGAAUCCAGAGAUUUCCACAUCAACCUCUUUAAAGUUGUGCCGUUUCUGAAGAAGUAUUUGGGGGAUGAGUCACAAGAUUAUGAACCUCUUCAGUUUUUAGACAAAUGAAGAGUUUCAUUCCAAAACGUUCUAUAUCCAUUUUCAGAAAUGUUG